AUGCUCACCGAACGCUUCAUAGCGUCUAUUGGCGUCCCAGAGAAAGCUCCAACAACAAACAUCAUCAAAGACGCUGGCAUUUUCAUCCACGAAUUCCAACCACUUAACCAGCAACGAGCAGUCUUCAAGAAAAGCGCCACAGCACCGAACUAUCUCGCUGUGAGCGAAAGUCACAUCUUCGCAGCACAAACGGGCCGAUCGGUCGUUCAUGUCUACAACCGGGAGAAAGGCAAUCAUGAGGCUACAGUGCCUUUCACCGAACGAAUCACCUGCAUUACUCUGGUCUGCGAUGAUACUGUCCUGGCUCUAGGUACAGCGGAGGGCAGAAUCUUUCUAUGGGAGGUAGCGACUGGACGACAAGUCACGACGUCCCAAGCACAUCUACAAGCUGUGACCGUCUUAGUCGCAGAACCAACCUCGAACUUUCUGCUAUCCGGUUCGGCUGACUCUACAGUCCAUGUAUGGUCUGUCGCUGGUCUCUUGUCCUUUGCCAACACUGGAACACAAGACCUGACACCGUUGAGGACUUUCACCUCUCACCGCGCAGAAGUGACUGCGCUAGCAGUUGGCCAUAGCUCCAGCUUCAGCAAUUUUGCUGUUUCUGCUUCGAAGGAUCAGACUUGCUUGAUCUGGGACUUCCAUACUGGCAAUAUCUUGCGGACAUACUUGCUACCGGCCUUACCGACAUGUCUGACGCUCGAUGCGGCGGAUAGAGCGGUAUAUCUUGGUUACGAGGACGGCAGUCUACAACAGCUUGACCUCUACUCUUCGUCUGACGACUCGAAAACAUAUUUACGAGCAGUACAGGCCGAUGCUGAGUCGACUGCAGCACUCCAACCACUCGAGAGCUCCCGAUGGCGAUCACCAGAGACCUCGAAGGGAGCGGUAUACAGUCUCAGCCUGUCCUUCGAUAGCUGUACCCUCAUCUCGGGCCAUCAAUCUGGAACGAUCAUGGCUUGGGAUGUGGCGACUGGUCGCGCCCAAGCCAACUUCCUACAAACCCCUCUACCCGGCCCUGUCACGAACCUGGCUUUCCUCCCAGUGACUGGUUUCGCCAGUGAAGCCAUGCCGGCCAUUCGAGUAUUCGCGGUCGUGAAGCCGAAAUUUGGGGCCUUUGACAGCAGUAACGGGACGGUACCUGGCAAUUAUGCUCUCAAUGUGGAGCUAUGUUCCACGAGCAAGAUCCCGGAAGCUCGUGAUGGGAAACCUCAGUCACGGUUCCAGCAGGCUUUGACAGCAUCGACAUUCUCACCAGACCUCCUAGACGAAGGCCUUGCCGAACUCGCUUCGUGGAACAAUCGGACUUUGCCUACGGCGAACGAUCAUGUUGAGGGUGAGUCGGACGACUUCAUGGCUCUUGAUGGUGGUGAGACCGAGACUCAGCAGCCUUCACUGGAGAAGCAGAAUGCAGCUCUUAAGGCUCAAUUGGACGCUAUGCGUAGGCUUCAGACUGCGAGUUUUGAUAAGAUAGAGAAGCUUGACGGCGAGCGCAAAGCUUUGUUGCGACAGGAACAGGAUCGACUGCGGAAGCGUGGUGCUGAGAGAACGAAUGGCGCGGGUGGAGCGCUGUCGUCUAGCGAGGAUGAGAUCAUGCUUUACACCAUUGAGAUCGACAAGGCUGUUCGAAUUGAAGGCCGAGUCGCUCGGUUCAGGCAUUCGACUUCUACGACAGCCAUGGCAGGAAUAUGGCUAUGCAGUGUUUUAGCAGCUAUCACGCUGGUCGACGGCCAUCGUAUCGCCGCACGGCACCCACACAAGGCCGUUGGGCUGAAGCGACGACUGGAAAUACCACCUAUCAAGGGACCGCCGCCAGACAUUAGUAUGGCAACAACGACCACUGGGAGCGUUCUAACGAUUAUCACACCAUCGCCAGGAGCAUCGCCUGUACCUGUGACAGAGCAAAGCCAGCUCGUCAAGUCGUACGUCCCACAGUACACACUUUGCGAGCUGCCACCAGUAGCUUUCUCCCCAGUAACACUGGCACCAUCUGCUCACCCAUCGACGGCUCGAUACCACAAUUACUCCAUCUCGAUUCCACCAGGAAAUGGCACCUGCUCGACUGUCUAUAGCGCAACCCAGACGAUGGUCUGCGCGACCACCCUCAGUGACCUCGUGACCACAUACCCGGUCACGAAUUGCGCACAGAAAAUCACCUUCUCCAGCCAGUACGGCUACACUCUGGUGACACCAAUCCCGACGGGCAACAUUAGCAACGCCACCUAUCCCUUCGCGAACAGCACUUCUAACGCCACAGCCACCAUAACCCCCGCACCCACCCUCGAAACGAAAACAACCUACUACCUCGCCCCCUGGCAAUCCCUAACAGCCGCCACAGCCCCCAAAAACAUCAUACAAGAAAUAUGCUCCACCGUCCCCGCCCCACCCGAAAUCGGCAUCAUAAACGAAUGCGUGACAAAAUACUACAUCUGGCACACCUCCCUCGUCACCCACAUGACGACCCUCACCACCUCCCUCAACAUCAGCACCGUUAUCCCGGGCCCCAGCGGCGUCGUCAUCUGGGACCAGGUCGUGGCAAAUGUGACGGAGGCGUUGACGACGUUUGAGAUGACGACGACGUUGGAGCAGGCGUUCCAGACGCAUUUUACUACUACGCAUGAGAUUAGUGCCAGUUUUAGUACCGGGCCAACGGUUAGUCAGACUUUAACUGUGGUGCUUGCUACGCCUACGGCUACGGGUACUGCUUCGUGA